UAUCGCUCCAAAAAUUUUAUUUUCAUAUUUUUAGGUCCUUUAUCACAUCUGACGUCUUAAUCUUUUAAUUGUUGUACCUUAUGAGUAUUUUUCCUCUAAUUUUGAAUAUAAUACGGUAUGGUAAGAAUUCAUGUAUCGGUUGAUAAUGUCGAUCGAAACUGAGUUCACAUAUAUUAUGUACUGUUUAUGAACCCAAUGUGCUUCCCUUCUUCAAGGACCCGGUUGACUGAAAUUUGUGCUUGGUAGUUGUUAAUAAUCUUGUAUAAAGCAAGAAAAUAUAAUAUGGCUUUAAGACGUGUCGUUGUUGGGGGUGGUACCGGUUUCAUUGGGUCAAGUCUGGUCAGGGCGCUCAGAUCUGCAGGUGCUCGUGUCCUAAUUGUCUGUCGAGAACCCGAGCAAGAAAACGAAAUCUCUUGGGAAGACGUAAAACGGUCUGGCUUACCUGCAGAUAUAUCAGGUGUAAUUAAUGUUGCUGGUCAAAAUGUUCUCGAUCCACUGAAAAGGUGGUCUCCAAAGUUUAAGGAAGAAGUCUGGGAUAGUCGAGUACAAACUACGAAAAUAUUAGCAUCAGCAAUUGUUAAAACAAAUGCUGAAGUAUUUACUACCAUUUCUGGUGUCGCUUACUAUAAACCUAGCGAUAAAAUAUACACGGAAAAUACCAAGUGCGAGAAAUAUGAUUUUUUGUCAGAACUCUGUCAUGAAUGGGAAGCAGCGGCAAAGUUACCCAUAAACUGUAACAUUCGACAAGUUGUUAUAAGGUCGGGAGUUGUACUAGGACGAACUGGUGGCAUGAUCAAACAAAUAUUCUAUCCCUUCUAUUUAGGUAUGGGUGGUCCUAUUGGUAGUGGUGAACAGUACAUGCCAUGGAUACACAUAAAUGAUUUAUGCAAUUUAUUUAUACAUGUACUAAUAAGAUCAAACGUGUCGGGUGUAUUGAAUGGAGUAGCACCUCAGAUUAUAACUAAUGAGCAGUUCACAAAAGCAUUCGCUGCCGCUCUUCAUAGACCAGCUUUGAUACCAGUACCGAUUCCAAUCCUGUCACUCAUAUUUCACCCAGAACGAGCAAAGAUCAUGACGGAAGGUCAAAAAGUUGUACCAAAACGAGUUUUGGAGACUGGAUUUCAGUAUGAGUAUAGCACUAUUGUUAGUGCUUGCAAAAAAUUUAACAAAUUAUUUUAUAUAGACGAGCUUAUGUGAAGCUCGAUGCUCGAUGCACUAGUCUGAACAAAACUGUUGUAUAGUUGGUACGUGUAUAACUUUAUAGAGUCAUUAAACAUAUUUGAUUAAGUCAAACAUU